AUGUUACAACCUUCCCUAUAUACCGCUGCGUCUCCUCCUGUCAAGGAUGAACCGAAGCUGGAGAGAGAGCCAGAAAAGGCCUUGGAGUCGGAGAAGCAGCAACAUCAGCAGCUGAAGCAGUUAAGGCUUUCCCCGCCACAGCAUCAAGUACUACAAGGUACACCGGAUGCGCAAAGACACGAGCUGAAGCAAAAAGAGCUGGAUCAAGCCGAGCUCCUGCAUCACUGCCAAGCUCAAGCAUCGUUGGUUGACAGACUUACUCCAGCCGUCUCCGCCGCGGACACUGGCAGCAGCCGGGUCUCGUCGCCUGCAGAAGACCGUAAAGACUCGAGAGCUGCAUUGCCAACCGUGUUUGUGACCUCGACCACCUCUACUCAUCCCCCUGGUGUAUCUGCCGCUGCAGACCACUCCAAGAUUCCUGAACACAAAGCAGACUGCCGUGUGUCGCCACAUUCCGAGUCACUAGCUGCCUCAGCUGGAGAAGAACAGCCCGGGAUUGUCAAGGUUGAACCGAUCCACCGCAGCAGUGCGGCGUCCAAUCCAUCUGUCUCGCUCACCAAAGGGGUCGCAGGUGUCGCGUCCUCAGUCUCGCCGGAACCAAUGUCGAACGGACCUCCUCCACCGGUUGGCCACCACCGCCAGCAUGUCAGCUACCCCGAGCAACACCAACCAACCUACUCGCAAGCUCCCAUGCCCUCGGGCCCUUAUGGUUACGCACCAGUAACGACCCAACCCCCGAUGGACCCUUAUCGAGCCGGACAACAACCGCUGCCUCCGAAUCACGCAAUGGCCUUGCCGAGCAUGAGGAGCCUCGCACCUUUGCAACACCAGCAGCAACAACAACAACAACAACAACAUCAACAACAGCAUCAGCAACACCAUCAACAUCAACAUCCACAACACGCCAUGCCCAUGACCCAUGCUCCGAUCCCUACGGCAUAUUAUGCCCAACAUAUGAUGAAUCCAUACGGCAUGGGGCCGGAUCUGCGCUUUGCUUUGCCCUUAACAGAUCCGCGGAUACAGAUGAGUGGGGGUCGUAACAAAAAGUGCGACGAGACACAUCCCACCUGCAACAACUGCAAAAAAUCCAAGCGGGAGUGUGCCGGGUACGACCCGCUAUUUACCAACGUGACAACCCCGCCAGGCCCGUCAACCAUCCAACCAGCAUCCCUUCCUCCCCAAGCCACAGGUGCAGGCCCUGUUCCGGGUUCAGCUCCAGGCUCGAUCACAGGCACAGCUCCUUCGACGGGCUCCCCCAGCCUGAGUCCUUACAGCAACCAUCUGCCCGCGCCCGUGGUGCCCAGUAACUACGCGCCCGCGCCGACGCCACCCCAAGCUCACCACUACGACCCCAACCCCUCGUCGGCCUCUUCCGCCUCGGCCCCUGUUGCAUUGUCGUCGUCGAAUAGUAUUGAUUACUCGGGCGGCAUCGACCCCGCUCUCGACACAGGUACGGCGUCUUCGGCCAUCCAUCACCACAACCAACACAGCCACAGUAUUCACCAUCAGCACAACAGCAACACAAACCCAAACAGCAUGAACCACCCUGAACACUAUAGAGCCUGCAGUCCUGCAUUUUACAACUCUACCCAGGCAAAGGUUAUGAAGGUCGAUGAGCUCUGCGCCCUUGCAGGGCCCCCUCCGCCACCUCCUCAGAAUCCGCCGGGAAGAGAAACUCUUGACGAGAUUCUCAAGAUCUACUACGAAAUCUACGUGCCUGGUCUUGCGUCCUUUUUUGAGACGCACUGGUACAACUUCAAGCCGGAGGGUACAAACCCAAGUACCAUCCUCACCAAGAACGCAAAUGCGGUAAAUCUUCUUGCAAGCUUUCUGGAUGCUCUUAACGAGACCAAGAAGAACACGGAUGCGGCGCAGGUGGCUGCAGCAGGUGCUAUAGAGACCCGCGUGGUUUGGGGGCUCGCCACUCUCGCAUAUACGAUACCUGCGGCGACUAAUCCCGCGGGCGAUGAUCCUCUCCCUCAGGACAACGGCGCUGAGGUUCGCAACAGGCUGCACGUGUUCGAGACGCUUCUCUCUGGCACCUACCUCAACAUCAACCCUUGCGUUCCACCACCGCGCAAGGGUGACCCGCACAGGAUCAGGGAAUUUGAAUUUUGGUAUUAUCUGGCCGAGUCCCUGCGCGUCGGCGAGGCGCCCAGCGUAGUACAACAGCGCGAGGCUGCCAUAUCGCGCAUCCGGAACCUUUUGGACGGCCGCGAGAACCGGGACGUGUGCUAUUCGAUACGAGUCCUCCGCGAGUUGGCGCCCAAGUUCCCCCCUGGGUUCGAGAGCUCGCUCCCGCAACAUCUUGACGAGGGUGACCAACGCAACAGGCUUGCUGUGGCGGCGCAGUUCAUCAAGGAUGAAGCGCGGAUCUCGGGAGGUACCACGAACGUUGCCAGGCGGCUCGCGGAGCUGGCCAUAAAGGCGUUUAUAUCCCCUGGGGUUAACAUUGUCCGCAGGCCAUCUUGA